CCAGCACCUCCAUCAGAAGAGUUGCUUCAGAAGUUGAAGACCUUUGCUAGCAUUCCACAUGACAGCGCAGACACAAAGACAUUAGCACUGGUCUCUUUCCUCUAUCUCUACUGUGCCAUUGUAGGGUCACAAAAAACUUUAACUCCACUAGAGAUCCGUAUUGAGUCCAAGCUCCCAGUGAGUGCAGGCCUGGGCUCCUCGGCUGCAUACUCUGUCUGCUUAGCUGCAAGCUUACUGCUGCACAAAAAUCUGAUCUCAGCUAGUGGGAAGUGGUCUGAAAAAGAUCUCCAGCUAAUCAAUGCUUGGGCAUUUCAAGCAGAGAAGGUCAUUCAUGGAAAACCUUCAGGAAUUGAUAAUUCUGUUAGUACUUAUGGCCAUGCUGUUUCAUUCACCAAAGGUUCUGAGCCAGUAAUAUUGUCCCAAGUUCCUUCCAUUAGAAUUCUUUUGGUUAAUACUAAAGUACCACGAAGCACAAAGACACUGGUGGAAUCAGUCAAGAAAAAAUAUGACAAAUCCACAGUUGUAAUGAGUGCAGUGAUGGACACAAUGGAAGCCGUGGCAAAAGAAUGUCUCAUUCUCUUUGAGAAAAUGUACAAAGGAAAAGCAGAUGAAUAUUAUAAGCAAUUAGAAGAACUCAUAUACAUUAAUCAGCAACAGCUAGAUAUCAUAGGAGUCAGUCAUAUAGCAUUAGAAAAAGUAAUUCAGAUAACUAAAGCCAAUGGCCUGUGUUCUAAACUCACUGGGGCAGGAGGAGGAGGCUGUGCCUUCGCUCUUAUCAGACCAGAUGUUCCCAAAGAAACUUUAGACUGUGUGAUCCAGCAGCUAUCUCUAGAAGGUUUUGAUUGCUGGGAAACUGGCAUUGGGGCAGAGGGUGUGACCUUACAUGUAUAACAGUAUGAUAAUUGGGAGACUGGCAGAGGGUGUGACCUUACAUGUAUAACAGUAUGAUAGUUGAUAGACUGGCAGAGGGUGUGACCUUACAUGUAUAACAGUAUGAUAAUUGGGAGACUGGCAGAGGGUGUGACAUUACAUGCAUAACAGUAUGGUAACUAGGAGACUGGCAGAGGGAGCAAUUUUACAUGUACUGAGAGGUACAAUCAUAGAUAAUUAUUUUUCUUCUCAUUUAUGUUUUUGACAACACUGUGUUGUAAAAUUUUGUUUCUCCCAUAUUUUUGUCAUGUCAAAUUGAUGAUAGUACCACAGAUCUAGUAAAAGUUAUUUUUAUUCAUAUUUCAUCUUACUGUUAUGUAUAUCAUUAUUUCCCUUUAUGUCAUCUUAUGGCUGGUAUCACGUUCCUGAAAACAGCUGUUUUACGUUUGUUUCUGGUUUUGCAUUGUAAUUGGUCUUGAGUAUAUUAUAGAAACACUAUGUUCGCUCCAUUUAAUAAAUAAUUAUAUAGGGUUUGAAUGAUUUGACUUAACAUUUUGUUUUUGGCAAUUAUUGAGUCAGGUUUUGCUCUUACAUAGAAUGCAAUAAUUUGUAUUUAAUUUUAAAUUUAAUUUAAAAUUGGAAGUGUCUUGUGUACUAAAUAUAAUGAAUCGAUCAGACAAAUGACAUAUGUUUCAGUUUUUCUUUCAAAUUUUGAACAUUUGUAAUUAACAAUUUAAUGCCCUUCAGGAUGUUGCAACUGCUCUAGUCCUUUGAAAAAUACUCACUAAUUUAUGUAAAGCAGGGUAACAAAUUACGUACAUGUUGUUUAACGUUUUCAAUACAUACUGUCACAGUACCAGUUAAAUGAGUGAUACGACAUUGUAAUACGACACUGUAAAAGUUUUUUUUUUACACCAGUCAUAGUAUUUACCGAUGUUACCUUGUGCAAUAUGCCAAGUGCAUAUAAUAAGCAAUACCCCUAGAACAGAGUUUUAAAAAGUUCCUUGUAAUCUUAAAGCAUUUCACAAUCAAAGGUUACUAAAAAGUAAACAAAACUGAUUGGACCAAAGCUUUGGAUAACAUUUUCUGUCUUUGCAAAGUUAUACUGUAGUUGAAAGUAGAAUGAUACUUAUAGUCUGUGGUAACUCCAACAUUGUUAGUUCAUAUUUUGGCUUUAAUAUUAAAUGUUUUACUGGCUAGGGACUAAAUUUAUUGAAAUUUGUGACCAUUUUGAUAUGACUGAAAUUAAACAGCAGUUUGAUUGACAGGAAAAAAUGUUUUCCUGGAGCCAGUCCAGACAGUGAAGGGUAUGAAAUUGCUUUUAAUUAAUAUCCUCUUUGAGGUGUGCUUGUUUAAAAAUGAAUGUGCCAUGAUCAAAUUUGUAUGCCAUAGACAUUUUGCUCAAGUGUUAUGAUCUAUUUUGUACAGUUCCCUAAUGUAAAACAAAAAAACAUUAUGAGGGAAUGUCGGGUUGCCUUAGUUGUUGAACUACUGUACUAUUGAGGAUUUUGUGCAUUUCUGAUAGAAGAUCAAUGGUCGAGGUUUGGACAUCUCUCUUCUUUUCCGAGAAUAUAACUAGGAAAAACUUGUUUGAAGCAUACAUUGUACUUAUUUUGCACCAGAUACAGCCAUGUAUUAUAUCCUUAGAAGUACUUAGAAUACAAAAAUCAGUGUUGAUUAAUGGUGUACACAAUAUUGAAGACAGAUUUUGAUAUUUUUUUGUCAAUAUUUGUCAGGGGUAUACGAAUUAAGAUUAGGAUAUUUGGCACCAAAUAAAAAAGUCAAUCCACAGUUCCAGUUGUACGAAGAGUAUUGCUGAGAUGAAAGAAUUGUACUAGUCAUACUUAACAAAA